AUGGCGGCUGGGAAAAUGAAACUCACUGAUUAUUUGAAAGAUAACCACUCUCCUGUGGUUCUAGAAGAAAAAGGUGCCACUCUUGGUUCGAAGCAAAGAGAAAAUAUGGAUAGUAAACAGAGAAAAAAGCAGAAAGAAUGCAUCAUAAAAAAGUUGGUUACUGUGCUGAAUUCUAAAGGGGGUAAGGUAAAGAUCGGCAUUGAGAAUAAGAACUACAACUAUCCAAGAGAUGGAAUAGGAUUAGAUUUGGAAACCGCUUGUCGUGACAUUCUCCACUUUGUUCCUAAGUACCUGAAAUUUGAACAAAAAGAAAACUACUUUCUGAUUUCUGUCAAAGCAUGGAACUUAGGAAACUCUAUUUUCCCAAUUGCCACUGUAAAAUCCAAUUUGUACAAAAGAGCUGUAACAUGUACCAAUAUUAUGAAUAACACUGCUGCUUUGGAGUUCCUCCAAGAGAAGAAAAAAACUGGAGGGCACAUCAUCCCUAAAACACCAGGGGUAGCUCACAAUCAGGUGCCAGAAAAAGAUUCCAUAGAGGCCUUGGCUGCUGACAUCUUUAGCAAGACACAACUUAAAUAUGGGGAAAGACUCACCUUUACUGAAUCCACACAUGUGGAAUUUAAAUGCUUCAAAACAAAAAAUUUCUUUCGGUGCAUUAAAGAGAUUCUCCCUAAAACUGUUUCUGCAUUUGCAAACACAGAUGGGGGAUAUUUAUUUAUUGGUAUAGAUGAUGAUAAGCAAGUCAUUGGAUUUGUGGUGAAUCAUACAAUUGAAUCCUUAGAAAGAAGACUGAAAAAUUGCAUAGAGAAGUUGCCUGUCUAUCACUUCUGCAAGAAAGUGAAGAAGAUAGAGUACACUUGUAAGUUUCUAAAAGUCAGUGAUGAUGAUGAUGAUGAACAUUCUAAUAAAUAUGUCCUCGCACUGAGAAUAGAGAAAUUCUGCUGUGUAGUGUUUGCUGAAGAGCCAGAUUCCUGGCACGUGGAAGACAACAGAGAGAAGCAGUUCUCUGCCGAGGAAUGGGUCAACCUCAUGGUAAAUGGCAAGCAAGACACAGCAGCGAGUCCUGAAGACAACACAGAGAUUGAGAUCUCUCCAGGCCCCAUACGGAGCCAAUUUCAGUAG